AUGGCUGAUCUUCCGAAGGACCACGUCAGCGCAUCUUACGCCUUCCAGGUGACUGGAGUGGAUUUUUGCGGCCCUUUCUAUCACAAGUCGGAAGUUCGGAAUAAGGCACCCAUCAAGUGCUACGUCUCCAUUUUUAUCUGCUUUUCCACAAAGGCUGUGCACCUCGAGCUGGUCCAGGAUCUCUCCACUUCAGCGUUUCUUAGCGCAUUGAGGCGCUUUAUACUGAUUCGUGGCAAGCCUGCUCGCAUAUGGUCGGACAAUGCGACUAAUUUUGUUGGCGCUAAGAACGAGUUGGCUGAGCUAAAGCGAUUGUUCCUGAAUGCCAGCCACCAAACCGCAAUAGAUGAAUUCUGCUUGACUGACAGCAUCAGAUGGCGAUUUAUUCCUCCUCGCUCUCCCCACUUUGGAGGUCUACUUCUACCGAUCUGUUGGACCUGCAAACACCCUGGCGAUCUUGAUGUGUUGACACCGGCGCAUUUCUUGGGUACUGCUCCUCUGGCUUUGUUUCCUGAGCCUGACUACACUAACUUGAACUUCAAUCGGUUGGAUCGGUGGCAGAAAAUUUCGUUCUACCAGCAACUGUUCUGGUCCCGCUGGAAAAAGGAGUACCUGACGCUCCUUCAACAGCGCUCCAAGUGGCGCACACAGAAGACGGAUAUUCAACUCGGUGAUGUCGUUCUGGUUAAGGACGAAAACCUGCCCUCCCUCAAGUGGCCACUAGCUCGAGUGGUCAACCUCGUCGCUGGAUCCGACAAUGUGGCUCGAGUCGCUGUACUGAAGACCGCCACUGGCCUCAUCAAUAGCUCAGUUGCUAAGCUGUGUGUGCUGCCGAAGCAGGAUGAAGUUGAAAGGCCGUGUCUUCCAACGGGGGGAGAAUGUCUGGUUAUGCAGCCCGCACCUGAUGACCCAGCGGCCAAACGACAACAAUAA